CAGCAACAGCAACAACAAGCACAAGACUCCCCGCUGGCCGCGCUCGAUGCGACCAACACGACAUACACCUACACGACCGACCCGCGCCCGGUGCCCGCCUCCACCGACCCGGACGUCAUCGGCCAACGCAUCUGCACCGACCACAUGAUCACCGCGACCUGGACCUCGACCCGCGGCUGGACGAACCCGUCGCUGAUCCCCUACGGCCCGCUGCAGAUCAUGCCGAACGCGUCGGUGCUGCACUACGCGACCGAAUGCUUCGAGGGCAUGAAGCUGUACCGGGGCAUUUCCGACGGCAGGCUGCGCCUCUUCCGGCCGGCGCGGAACUGCGCGCGGAUGCGGCAGUCGGCGGCGAGGAUCGCGCUGCCGGACUUCGACCCCGAGGCUCUCCGGAGCAUGAUCCUCGAUCUCUGCCGCACCGAUGGCCCGAAGUGGUUGCCGGACACGCCCGAGGGCCGCGGGAAAUUCCUGUACGUGCGGCCGACGAUGAUCGGCACGGAUGCGGCGCUGGGCGUGCAGCGGCCCAAGGAGGCCCUGCUGUAUGUCAUCUUGGCCACGGGCGGGGUCAAGUCUGGCGGCGGCGGUGGACUGAGGCUCCUCGCGUCGAACGAGGACACGAUCCGAGCCUGGCCCGGCGGGUUCGGGUAUGCCAAGUUGGGAGCCAAUUACGGCCCCUCGCUGGUCGCGCAGGGCGAGGCCCGCUCGAGGGGCUUCGACCAGGUCCUGUGGCUGUUCGGCCCGUCGUGUGUGGUCACCGAGGCCGGAGCGAGCAAUUUCUUCGUCGUCUGGCGCACCCCCGAAUCCCAGGGGGGUCGCUUGCAGCUCAUCACCGCGCCGCUGGAGGAACGCAUCAUCCUCGAGGGGAUCACACGCGCGUCGAUCCUGGACCUCGCGCGCGAACGGUUCGCCGCGCCGGGCGCAGGCCGGGAGUCCGUCGAGGUGGUCGAGCGGAGCUUCACCAUGGACGAGAUCGUCCAGGCUCGUCGAGAGGACCGUCUGGUGGAAGCGUUCGCUGCCGGGACCGCUUUCUUCGUGGCGCCGGUCUCCGUCAUCCAUUUCCGCGGUCAGGAUCUGGACGUCCCCACGGCGGCGGGCGAUAGUGGGGAAUACGCCAAGACCAUCAAGCAGUGGCUCGUGGAUAUCAUGUACGGCAACGUCGACCAUGAGUGGGGUGUUGUUGUGACGGAGGCCAAAUGAAGGGGGCAUAUGGAAUGUGGUUUAGGUCUGGGGAAUCGCUCCGAUUCACGAAACCUGGAGACGGGACUCGCUUCGAUACGAUCAUGAAUGUGUAUGAACGCAGCAGAGCCGCAGCUGCAGAACGAGAUAUGAGAAUUAAUGUUUUCCAAAAAUUCCGCUCCGCUCGACGUUUUCAAGUUUGUUCACUGUUGAUUGCAACAAAUGGUCAGCGUGUAUGAUAGAGGCUCGCCACGAGCCUUCGCAUUCAGAACGUAGAGUACUGAAAUUGGGGGACCUCACUUACCCAAACGCUAACUUCAAUUCCCUGACCGACGUCGUAGCA